CUUGCAUCAUUCCAAGUUCAGUCUUUGAACUGCUUUCAUACUCUAUAAGUAAUAGCACUAUUUGUCAGCAUGAAGUCCAUUCUCCUGGCGGUAGCUUGUUUUGCAGUAAUAGUUAGAAGUCAACCGUUAUUCGGUUUAGAAGGUUUGGGGAAUCUUGCAAGAGUCGGAGCCGAUGUAGGGUCUCGGAUAGGGUCUGCCCUUGGUACUGGAGCUGACCUUGGUAUGGAAGCUGCAGCAGAUCUCGGAGCCGGAGCGCUAUCUUUGGGAACAGGGGCAAUCGAAGCUGGUGCAGGGGCAUUUGGAGCUGGUGCAAGGGCGAUAGGACAGGGUGCAAGAAUUGCUACUGGCAUAGGUAGAAGAAUUGGCAACAGUGGCUUAGGAAUUGCUGGUCUAGGAGCUCAACAAGCCGCCAGAAAUUCUGAAAGAGCGUCAAGUUCCGAUGCAAAUCAGUACAACAGAGGCGCUAGUGGUGCUGAUAGUCAAGGUUACCGCAACAGAGGUGAAAAGGAAUUCCACGAUCGCGGACAUCACCACAGCAGCGUAAGCAAGGUUGAAAAAGCUGAUAACAGUGACGAGCACGAUGUUGGUGGUCACCAGGCUUACGAUCAGGGCGCCCAUAAAUCUGGUGAAUUCAAUAAAUACGGAAGCGGUGCUAGCAAAGCCGUAAAUGAUGUGGCAAGAGCUGCACAACAGGAAGUGGAGGAUGAUAUCUAAAUUCUAAACCAAAAAUCUUGUUAUGUAAUAAAUUGUUUUGCAAUA